AUGCUUCGCCUGCAACGAUGUUUGUCUGGUCCUGCGCUUGAAACAGUACGUAGUCGGCUGGUGUUACCAGCAGCGGUGCCCCAAGUGAUCGAGACACUUCGUAUGCGAUUUGGACGUCCUGAGUUGCUGAUCAACGCUCUGCUACGCAAGGUGCGAGACAUCCCAGCACCACGGUCCGACAGAUUGGAAGGUCUCAUCGAUUUCGGGAUGGCGGUGCAAGCGUUAUGCGACCACAUCGAAGCGGCGAACGAACGCGCUCAUUUAUCGAAUCCUUCACUACUACAGGAACUCGUUGCAAAGCUUCCCGCAGAUCAAAGGAUGAUGUGGGCAGGAUAUAAGCGUAGUUGUCAAGUCGUCGAUUUAAAAACCUUCAGCGAUUACAUGACGUCGGUGGUGCAGGACGCGUCGAGCGUAGUAACCUUCGAACCUGAGUCCAGAAGGAACAACCCACGCGAUCGUCCGAAGAACAAAGCGUUCGUGAACACUCACGCGAUGGAAGGAGCAGUCAGUUCUGUACGGUCAAUGAAUGUGCCAACCGGCGCAGCGAAACAGUUUGACUGCGCACACUGCAGCAAAACUGGUCAUCGAGUGCGCGAGUGUAUUGCAUUUAAAGCGUUGCACGUCGACGACCGCUGGAGAAGAGUCCGAGCUUUAGGUCUUUGUCAGAAUUGUCUAUUCAGCCAUGGACGCAGGGCGUGUCGGAUUCGUAGUAGUUGUGACAUCGAGGGUUGUCAGUUCCGCCAUCAUCCACUGCUUCACUCUCUACGUGGGCCUCCAAAGGCUCCAGCAUCGAAUGCAUUAGUGGCGGAGAAUCACACCCACCGUCUUCUGACUUCGUCGACGCUGUUUCGGAUAAUUCCCGUGAUCCUACAUGGAAGCGACGUCUCGAUUGAUACCUUUGCAUUCUUGGACGAGGGAUCAGAUCUGACACUAAUGGAACAUGAUCUGGCUGUAUCGUUGGGUCUGAAAGGUAGCCCUCAGCCUUUGUGUCUACGCUGGACGGGAAACACUUCCCGCAUGGAAAAGGAAUCGCAACGCAUCACUUUCGAGAUCGCAGGUGAAGGACAGCACAAACGGCACAAGAUAGUGAACGCAAGAACGGUUCAAUGUCUCAAUCUGCCGAGUCAGAGUUUCCAGGUGGAAGAAGCAGCGACAAAACACGCGCACCUUAGGGGGAUUCCGGUUAGCAGCUACCAUAACGCAAAGCCUAAGAUCCUCAUAGGAAUCGACAACCUACGACUUGCGCUACCACUUAAAGUAAGAGAGGGCGAUGGUACCGGUCCUAUAGCUGCGAGAACCAGAUUGGGCUGGUGUGUCUACGGUCCGCGAGAAAGCGGUGACACCGAAGCUUAUAAUUUCCACGUAAGCAGGUGCGAUUGCGACGAAGAACUUCACGAUACGGUGAAGCAGUUUUUUGCCAUCGAAGAAGCAGGCGUGCGCCCGUCAAACAUUCCAAUGUCUAAGGAAGAACAACGAGCGCUAACCAUCCUGGAAACUACAACCCGACGAGUAGAGAACCGUUUCGAAACGGGUUUGUUGUGGAAAGAAGACAAUGUAGAAUUCCCGAACAGCUACACGAUGGCGGUACGUCGUUUAAAAUGUCUCGAACGCAGAAUGGAUCGCGAUCCGCUGCUAAAAGAGAACCUCCAUCGACAGAUGUGCGAAUACGAGGCAAAGGGUUACGCGCACAGGGCUACGAAAGCGGAGAUAGAUGCAGCGGACCCAAGAAGGGUAUGGUACCUCCCGGUGGGAGCGGUAAUAAACCCUAAGAAACCAGGAAAGGUCCGAGUUCUCAAAGGUCCGGAUCAACUCUCGUCACUUCCAGCCGUGCUAUUCCGCUUUCGACAGUAUGGGGUGGCGGUCAGCUCGGAUAUUCAGGAAAUGUUCCACCAAAUUCGUAUCCGAGAGGAAGAUAAGAAUUCCCAGCGCUUCUUGUGGCGCGCUUGUCCAUCGGAGAAACCUACGAUCUACUUGAUGGAUGUCGCUACCUUCGGGAGCACCUGUUCACCAGCUUCGGCACAAUUCGUCAAAAAUCGGAACGCAGUACAGCACGCUGAACUGUUUCCUGAGGCAUCGAAAGCGAUCGUCCACGAUCACUACGUUGACGAUUACCUGUCGAGUUUCGGAUCCGCAGAAGAGGCGACAAAGGUAGCAAACGACGUGCGAUACAUUCACGACCAAGGAGGCUUCAAAUUGCACAACUGGCGGUCAAAUAGCAGCACGGUCCUCGAGCAACUGGGCUAA